AUGGCGCCAUCCACAAUUGCCAUCAUUGGCGGCGGACCGAGCGGUCUUGUUCUCGCCCGACUCCUCGAAGUGAACGGCAUCACCGACUAUGUUGUCUUCGAGCGUGAUGAAUCUUCCACACCAGGGCCCAACCAACAGGGAGGCACAUUGGACCUGCAUGAAUCCUCGGGUCAGCUGGCACUCAAAAAAGCCGGUUUGUUUGACAAGUUCAGCAAAGAGCUUGCCCGCUGGGAUGCUGCCUGCCUCUGUCUACUUGACUCUGCUGGCGACACGAUUGCCAAAUUCAGUGAUGUUGGAGCUCGUCCAGAAAUCGAUCGUGUGCAGCUGCGCCGCCUGUUGCUUGACUCGAUUCCUCCGGAAAAAAUUCGCUGGGGUCAUGGUGUCCAAUCCGUUGAGAAGGGCUCUAGUGACGAGAAUACCGUCGGCAACGGUUGUGUGAUAAAUUUCACCAACGGCACCUCAGCCAGUGGAUUCCGCCUUGUGGUGGGUGCUGAUGGUGUUUGGAGCAAAGUCCGUUCUCUGAUCUCCCCAGCCAAGCCUAUCUAUUCAGGCAAGCUAUAUAUAGAGGGCAGACUGUCGCAUGAUAACCCGAGCUAUUCAAGUGCGCAUGAGUUGGCUGGGCCAGGAAACAUGAUGGUAUUGGGCGACGAAAAGAUGCUAGCCGUGCAACAGCUUUCGGAUGGCCAUUAUAGGGUCUAUUUCGGACUCGUCGUGCCGGAAGAUUUUUAUCAACGCGAGAGCGCAAGCAAGAUUGACCCAAAUGCCAAAGCAGCCAUCAUUCGCUCCCUGCUCACAUCAUCCGAAGAACUUUUCGCUGACUGGGCCCCCGAAGUCAAGGCAUUUAUCCAGAAUGCAGAAGGACCAUUCCGGCCAUGGCCGCUCUUUUUCAUCCCACCGGAAAGUCUCGGCUGGGAACGCGGUGUGGCUCCAGGUGUAACCUUGAUGGGCGAUGCUGCGCAUGCUUCCUUGCCAUUUGUUGGUGAAGGUGUCAACUGUAGCAUGCAUGAUGCUGUCGUGUUGGCGGAAUGCCUUGUUAAGCAUUGCGGAGGAAACAGAGCGUUUGCCAGUGUACAAGAAUCAUCAUUAGAGGCGGCAUUGGGCGAGUACGAAAAUGACAUGUAUAUCCGUGGCCAGGAUUUGAUCAAGCGAAGCGCUGAGAGCGGGAGACGAUUGUUCUCGAACAACGCCGGUCCACUGCUUCUCGAGAUGUUCAGCGGUGCUGAUGAGACGGCUUCUGGGAACUGA